AUGCUACGAACAGCUCUGGAUAGUUGUACUAAAACGUACCUUAUUAUCGAUGGUCUUGAUGAAUGUGGGCGGCGUGAUGGAAAGGAGAUUGUUACCUGGUUUCAGAACCUGAUAGAAGAUCUAGUCUCAGAGUGUAUGGACUCUCCAAGGUGCCUUUUCGUGAGCCAAGACAUUGCAGCACCUAAAAUUCCCUCUAUUAAGGUCACUGCCCUUGAGAACAAAGGAGACCUUAGCCACUGUGUUUCUGUGUGGCAUGAGCAGAUUGAGGCCAAAUUUGGAGAAUUGCGAUCAAAAGAGCACCACAUUGCGAAUAUCCUUUUAGCAAGAGCACAAGGCAUGUUCAUCUUUGCAGAACUGAUGGCCAAGUACCUGGAAGAUCAACCACAUCGGGCUUCGCUGGUUACAGAGCUCAGGCCAGAAAGGUUCCCAGUCAAGCUGGAUACUGUAUUUUCACGGAUUGUCCAGCGUAUAUUCGACUCGAGAGGUAACAAUCUUGCUACGCACAUGCGACAGAUUCUUGGAUGGAUUGUUUGCGCUAAAAGACCACUACGUUGGCGGGAGAUCCAGGGAGCCAUUUGUAUUGACAUUGAACAACAGCUUGUUGACUAUGACAAGCAACUACUGGAUUCGCCGAAAGGGCUUUUUGCAGCGCUUGUCGAAGUGCGAGCAGAUGACACUGUUGAGCUCGUUCAUGGCACCGCUCGAGAAUACCUCGUGGAGGCAAAGAUUGUUCAGGCUGAUGAUAUAAACUACUCCCUUUCAAUGCUGUGCCUUGCCUAUCUUGCCUUUCCUCAGUUUGAUCUACGCCGGAACGACGAUGAAAUUGCUGUUGAUGUUCGAAACGGAUCACAUGCAUUUUACGACUACGCUUCAGCCUGUUGGGCUAUGCACCUGCAGUGUGGGAUUCCAGAGACUGAGUCAGGAGACAGACUAAAACAACUCCAAGAGACCUUGGAGACAUUUGUUGAGUCACACUGGUCGUCAUCAGCAAAGCCGUUGCAAAUUUCUCAAAAGGUUGAAGGCACUCUGGCUCCCAUGCAGAAAUCCGUGUCUCUUCCUGAAAUAUCACAAGCUGUUGCUUGGUAUCGAAAGCAGACUGACACUUGUGGCCAUGGUCCGACUGCAGAUGACGCAUUGGAUCUAUGGCAAAUCACGGAGAAGACUAGAACUAUUCUUGAAAGUAUGUGGUCCGAACCAUUGUCUGACUCUGCGAAGCGGGGCAUGAAGCAGUAUUACGGCUCGAAUUGGUUCAAAUGCCCCCGUGUAAACUGCACUUUCUACCACCAUGGAUUCAGCAGCCCGAAUCAACGACAGCUUCAUGUUUCGAAGCAUGAACGUCCAUUUCUUUGUUUUGUAACUGGCUGUCAUAUGGCAUCCUUUGGUUGCACAACGAAUAAUGAGUUGAAAGGACAUAUCCUUGAGUACCACGGUAUCGACAUGUUCCACGAUACAGAGUUCCCAGAUCCACCCAAGCGGCAGGCGUCAGACAAGCCAACAAACAAUGAAGCCAAGUUUCAUUGUGACCAGUGUCCGAAGGCGUUCACCAGACGCCAUAACUUGAACACUCAUUUGAGAUCCCACACUGGGCAAAGACCUGAAGAGUGUACGGUUUGUGGUAAAACCUUCGCGCGCAAGUUCGAACGCCUUCGUCACGAGCAAAUACAUCAGAACAAAAAAUAUAAAUGCCAAGGUAGUCUCCAGGACGGGUCUACAUGGGGCUGCGAGGCUUCAUUUGCUCGGGCCGACAUUCUUGCCAAUCAUCUCAAGAGCAAUAUCGGCCGCAAAUGUAUUCAACCAUUGAUGCUGCAGAGGCUGCAAGAAGGUACAGAGCAAAACGAGGCUAACGAAACAAACAUUUUCACCAAUCAAUCUGGCUUGAACUCCGAGGCGCUACUGGCUACUGGCAAGCUCCUCCCAUCCUUCAAAGACUUCUUACACCUUUGUGGACUUGACGAGUCUCCGUCAACGGAUAAGGCAAUGUCAUGA